AUGUGGAAACACAUUACAACCAAAGAAGGCGUUGGACAUAAGUCCCCUGACUACCUGCUGUCCACUCCAGGGGUUGUUGAGAACCUCAGCUUAUCAUUUCACAACUCACAUACUAUGCAUCAAAUCAUUAAUACUAUUCCAUCACAUUCGCUUUGGCACACCGCCUACCUGUCCUUUCCAGACAAUCCAGAGGAACAACACAUGGUCCAGUAUAGGGGCCCACUAGAAGCCAUAUGCACUUUACUGGGGAAUCCUGCUCAUGCAGAGACCAUCAUCUACAAGCCUUGCAAGGUUUUCUCUGAUGAAAGCAAGGAAAAUCGGAUUUAUAGUGAGAUGUGGAUGGGAAAGUGGUGGCAUGCACUCCAGGAACAAUUACCAGAAGGCUCAGUGGUCACACUAGUGAUCAUAGCGACUGAUAAAACCCAGCUAACCAAAUUCUCUGGUAGCAAAUCAGCCUACCCCAUGUACCUCACUCUUGGCAACAUCCCUAGAGCCAUUAGGUGUAAGCCUUCCCAACAGGCAUGUAUCCUAGUAGGUUACCUCUCCAUGGACAAGAUAUCAAACUCUAAACUCUCCAAGAAGGAGAAAAUGUCCAGAAUACAGUGUUUAUUCCAUGACUCUAUGUGUACAAUCCUGGAACAUUUAAAGGAGGCUGGGCAUACUAGGAUGGACAUGGUUUGUGGAGAUGGAAAGGUCCAGAGGAUACACCCUAUUCUUGCCUGUUACAUGGCUGACUAUCUGGAACAGUGUUUGGUCACCUGUGUGAAGUAUGGGACUUGUCCCAAAUGUCAGAGCCCAGUGUCAGAGCUUGGUUCCAAUACACCUGGAGAACUGCACACUCAAGCAUGGACCAUGGGAGUGAUCAAGGAUGCCAAAGCCAAAUCUCACAACCUCCAUAAAUUUCACUCACUCUGUCAAUCCAAGGGGGUUUCUGGUAUGGUGCAGCAUCCAUUCUGGGAAGGAUUUCCCUAUUUCAACAUUCAUCUCUCCAUGACCCCUAAUAAUGGAUGGAGUGAGCUCUCCCAGAUCUCUGAUAGAGAGAGAAAAGAGAUGGCACACAUCUUACUGGGAUGCUUAGUGGGAAAGGUUCUUAGAAGGGUCAUACUUGCCUACCACUCCCUACUAGACUUCAUCUAUUUAGCCCAGUACCCCACCCAUGAUGAUCACACCCUAGGCUAUCUCCAAGAUGCUUUGGAUGUAUCUCACAAACACAAGGCGGUGCUUAUUGAGCUGGGUGUAAGGGACCACUUCAAUAUUCCCAAAAUACACAGCCUCACUCACUAUAUCAACUCUAUUCACAUGUUUGGUGCUAUGGACAAUUACAAUACCGAGGCUUUUGAGUGCCUCCAUAUCAAUUUUGCCAAGAAUGCCUGGAGGACUACCAAUAAAAGGGAUGAGCUCCCACAAAUGGCUUCCUGGCUGGAUAGGUAUGAGAAUGUUCUAGGCAAAACACCUAACCCAUGUGAAACUAAUCCCUGGCCUCACAUAUCCAUAUCAAAAAGGCCCCAUCAUUAUGGUCAAUCACUUCAAGAUAUCAUGGAGUCUCCUUGCUGCCCUGGACUGAUACAGGACAUAAAAAAUUAUCUUAAUCAGUUGCAGAGAAGGGCUAUAGGUGAAGGUUUGGGAUAUAAUAGAUUGGAGAUGAUGCAGCUUCCAUUUGAAAAGCUUGAUGUAUACCAUGGUUUUAAGUUUGUUUUGGAGGAACUGGGGGAGGAUGCAGUGGAUGACUGUGGACCAAAUGACUGGGUAAGAGCAUGCCCAAAGACUAGAGGCCCCCAUGGUUAG